AUGGAGCAGGGGAGCUGCUGUGCAGAGGACUCGGGGCCUGGGCCUAUCAGGGUGAAGACCAGGCCCUGCCAUGGGGGCUGGAGAGCCCUGGGCCUGCUGCUGCUGCUGCUGCUGCUGGCAUUGGCCACUGCUGGGGCUGUGGCUGGAGGGCUUUUUGGCUUUGCUCACAGCCCUCCCAAGCCACUGCUACAGAUGUUCCGUCUGACCCUCCCGAGCCCCAGGGUGUACCAGUUCAACCAAACUGCCCAGGUGGACGUGGCCGGGAAUGUGGCAACCAUCAGGGUAACGCCGACUCAGAGUAACCACAGCUGGGCGGUGCUGUUCGAUGGGCAGAGCGGCUGUGUCUGUUACCGACCUGCAGAGCACCGGGCCUGCUUCCUCCACCUGAUGGAGGCCAGAGAUCGAAAGACCCUGCAGCUUCUGGUGAACACCUCGAAGACCCAGGGGUCUAACAGCCCCAGCCAGGACACCCACUAUGCUCAGGAGCUGCUGGCGGUGCUUGGGAGCCAUGAGGUGGACCCUGCCCAAGUGGGGGCUUCAGUCCGUCACUUUUGCUCAAAGAUCCCCAUUUACUGGGCCCGUCGAGCAGAGGGGCCCCGGAGGCAGCGGCUGAUCUAUCUAUGCAUCGACAUCUGCUUCCCAAGCAACAUCUGUGUGUCAGUCUGCUUUUAUUACCUCCCAGACUGA